AUGGAAGAUUCCCAUGCAAACCAAUUAAAGAGAGAUUGGGCAUCAGCGAGAAGCUUAAAGCAACCUAAUCAGCAAACUGGAGGCACCAGUGGAAACCCUAAUCUCCCUGCGCCUGGGCCGGGCGGAGCAGGCUCGAUCCGGCCUGGAUCGAUGGCAGACCGAGCCCGGAUGGCAAACAUGCCGAUGCCGGAGGCUGGCCUGAAAUGCCCCCGGUGCGAGUCCUCCAACACCAAGUUCUGCUACUUCAACAACUACAGCCUCUCCCAGCCCCGCCACUUCUGCAAGACCUGCCGCCGCUACUGGACUCGUGGCGGUGCCCUACGUAACGUCCCAGUGGGAGGUGGCUGCCGGAGGAACAAGCGAAGCAAGGGGGGUGGCAGCUCAAAAUCCCCGGCUGCCGGUAGCAGCAGUUCCUCUGGUGGUGCAGCUUCCUCCACCACGUCCACGGCCACCGCAGCAAGCAUACUGGGCCUCACACCGACGCAAAUCCCACCACUCCGCUUUAUCUCUCCUCUGAGUCAGCUCACUGAAUUCGCUCCCAGUGACCUAGGGUUAAACUACAACGGAAUUUCCACGGGGAUAAGCGAUUUGAAUCUCAGUGGCGGUGGCUCAUAUAUCGAGCCAUGGCGCUUGCAGGCAGCGGGACAGAUCUCUUCGGUGAACGGGUUAGAUUUCCCAGUGGGGCUGUACCCGUUUCAUGGGGGGCUGGACGGAUCGGGUUAUGCAGGAGAGGGAAGUCAACUCCGGCCAAAGCAGUUCGCUUCUAAUUUAGGCCUUAUUAGUCAGAUGGGUUCAGUGAAGAUGGAGGAGCGUCCGCAGGAUCAGUUGAAUUCUUCUUCAAGGCAACUCUUGGGAGUAGCGACAGGAAAUGAUCAGUAUUGGAGUGGAACUGCAUGGACUGAUAUGUCUGGAUUUAGCUCUUCUCCCACCAGUACUAAUCCUUUGUGA